AUGGUCAAGUUCUUUCAACAUACAUUUAAAUACGAAUAUAGCUGGGAUAGUGUAACUCUAGCUUUUUGGUUACGAUAUCCUAACCCUUUCGCUUCACAUGUUGAAAGCGUUGACGUGAUAGAUAGGUAUGUUGAUCCGGACACUGGUGUAUUAAGAACUACAAGAUUGAUAUUGAAACGAGGUGUUUUGCCAAAAUGGGGAAAUGGGUUAAUUAAGAAACCUGAAGCAUAUAUUAUUGAAGAAUCAUUAAUUAAUCCAAAAACUCAAACGAUGAUUACUCUUACAAAAAACAUAACACAUGCGCGUUUAAUGCAAGUUGAAGAGUGGCAAACUUUUCGAGCUGACCCUAAUAAUCGUGAAUUUACUCAAGUUAAAACCGAAGCCAGAGUAAUUAGUAAUUUUGGAUGGGGAUUAACAGAACGAGUUGAAGGUUUUGGAAUAAAAAAAUUUGCAGAUAGUGCUGCAAAGAGUCGGAAGGGCAUGUCUCUUGUAUUGGAAAUGAUUCGUGAAAAACAAUUAUUGCGUGGCCGUGGCCGAGGGUUUUUGACGAUUUAG